AUGAAUGAUGAUAAUAAUGAUUUUGACGAAUCCUCUGAAGGAUAUGUUUCUAAUGAACAAAAUGAAAUAAGUGAUAAUGUUUCAAUUAGCUCAAGCAGUAAUGCAUCUAUUUUUAAUAAAAGUCAAUCUCAAGUUAAGAAAAUUAAAUCAAAAAAGCGACGACGAACUUAUUUAAAGCCUAGUUGGGUUUGGCAUUACUUUAAAGUAAGCGAAGAUGGAAUAUAUGAUGAAUGUCAAGUUCAAGUAAUGAACUUUCAAAAUGAAUCGAUUAAGUGUGAUUAUAAGUUUAUACAUGAUGGCAGUACAGGAAAUAUGGGUAAUCACUUGCGAAAUAGACAUAAUUUGAGUGAAAAUCAAAAUAAUAAG